AGAAGUGAUCCCCCCUACCCUGAGCUUAAGCUCCAGUAUUUAUACUGUAUUUACACACUAGAUAACCCAUAGGUUUCCAGAAAAGGCCUAUUUCACUUACCCAUAGAAUUGAAACCCGGGGUUUUACUUUACACAUAAAAUCAGAACUCAGGCAUUUCCAACAACCCAGGAAACAAAAACCCAGUGUUUCUAUUUACCUAGGUUUUCAAAAACCAGGGUUCUCUUUUACCUAGGUCUUCAAAAACCAGGGUUCUCCCUUACCUAGGUCUUCAGAAACCAUGAUUCCCAUUUCCCUAGGUAAUAAAAAUGACGUAAGCAAGACGACUAAACAACCGGGAGGGACCUUGGUCUUAUCGUUAUCUCGAGGGGGGGGGCAGCCACCCUUAUAACUGGCUUUCUUCAUGGUUCUCUAAAAAUUAAGGCUUUCCUUGCGAGACGAGAAUCUUCACCAUCUGAAUCAUGAUGUCUGAAGAAUAUUUGAAGUAUUGGAAGUUGGUUAACAGUUCUGUUCAGCUGGAUGUACAAAAAAAUAAUUAUAAAUUCUAUGAUGUCUUCUGGUUGUUUAAUAACGAAAACUACAUUGUGAAAUGCAGCAACAAGGAUGAAAUUAGAAAUUACCCUGAUUAUAAUGGCAGAGUGGAGUUCGAUAAGAAAACUCACAGUCUAACACUGAUGAACCUGCAGAAGAAUGAUAGUGGACUCUAUGAGGCAGUAGCUGAUCAUAACGUGAAAGCUAUUAUUGCUAAGUACCAAUUAUAUGUGUUAGAUCCAGUGGAGGAUCCAGUUCUCAAAGUCUCAUUCCAUCAAAGCAAUGGCACCUGUAAUGUGACUCUCACCUGUGAAGCUAAGAGUCUCUCAAUCACCCAUCUUUGCUACAAUGAUAAUUGUGAUAUGAAGAAUGUAGAAACACGUGGAAACAGCUCCCUUUCCAUCUCAUUGUACAUCAAUAACAGCUUCAUCAUUUGUCAUCAUAGCAAUCCAGUCAGCUGGAAAAAUAAUACAUUGAAGUUGGAAAAGGAGAAACACCUCUGCUCUUCUGAAGAAGAUAAAGAAGAGCCCAUGGAGACAGGUUGGACCAUAAUCAUAAGCAUAAGCAUAAGCAUAAUCAUUGUAGCAUUAUUGGUUUGUGUCACAUUCCAUUUCAAGAACAGGCAACGAACAACAACAGAUUCUGGCACCACGGUCUAUGAAGAAGUUAAGGGGGACAAAAAAGCAGAGUCAAUCAAGACGUCAGAAAACCUUGAAACUCCUUGUACUCUUUACUAUACUGUCGGGAAGCCAGCCCAGGCUUAUAGUAAUGAUGAGAACACUGUAAGCACUGCAAAUCCUGGCAGCAAGGAAAUUUACCCCAGUGAAGUGAACCCUGAUGAGAGCAACCUCUAUGAUGCUCCAGAUAAAAAUCAAGGAGCAAGAAGUAACUAUAAUGUGGAAUUCCCAAUACCUCAAACCAUUUAUGCUACAGUGAACAAGGCUGGUAAAGUUAUGUAAGAAGCCCAGCUUGAUGGAAACACACUUUAUGAGAAAUGAAAACAAAAAUGUAUUACUACUUUAUUGGCAUUUUAAGUACUGUUUUACUUAUCUGUGAUCAAAUUCAGAUUUGUUCUAUUAGAUUUGGUUGGCAUGAACAUGUCUUGUGGCUUUGUGAUAGGGUUGGAAAGCAGAGGAGCUUCUCAUGGAGAAAAGAAACUUUGUUAAAAGUUCACUAUGAAAACAAAAAUGUCAGAAUGCCACAUGCCAAGUUUUUAUUCAUUUUAAAAGGAGCAACUGGUUUAAUCAAGUUCUUUUUUGUUUCUCUACAAGAAUAUGUGUAUGAUCUGUGUAUGAUAGAUCUAUGAGAUCUAUAUUAGAAGUACUAAAUGCAUUUAUUUAAAAGGGUUUGUAUAAUCGAAUAUACACAGUAUUCCUUUUACUCCAAAUGUCUCAAUCAUCCUUAUGACAAGGAUAUAUCAAUCAUUAUGUAGAGUAUCCGCCAUUUGCUUCUUUAGUUCUUUAGUAGCCACUGUAACUAUCACUGAGCUGUUUUGCUACCAAAAUCUCCACUUUACAAAGUAGGAUGUUGUACUUCAUCAAUUCAGUUUUAUUUGUACAGCGCUUUUAAUGGACAUUGUCCCAAACAGAGUUGGGUGUAACGCGUUACAAAGUAACACCUUACUGUAAUCUAAAUACUUUUUCUAAUAAUGUAAUAAAGUAAUAUAAUUUAUGUAAUUUGAUUACAGUUACUGAUGUGAAUAAACUUACUUUACUUGCGUAACAAAUUUAUUGUUAAGAAAACAAUAUUAAAUAAAAUGCAUUUUAAAAUAA